GAUCUAAAUACGUAUGUGUAGGUUAUUUGUGGUAAAUAUAAACAAAAAGUGAAAGAAGAAACAUGUAUUUGUGCACUGUUUAAAAUCAUUCAACCAUAUCGAAAAAAAAAUCGUGCUGUAUGUACUCAAUAUAAAAUACCUAAUUGAAAGUACAAAAUGUGUGAGAAAAAAUGUGCUUCAUUAAAAAAUAUAUAAAUGUUAAAUAAACAAGUUGAUGUUAAUAUGAUCUGAAUUAGCAAGAAAACCAGUUUGGAGAGAGUUAAGACUGAGAAGUUCCGGAAGUAAAAACGAACAAAAACAAAAUGGAUCAUCAACAAUUAAUCGAAGAAAUGCCCAUAGUGGAACAAAUGUCCACGCAAGACAGAUUAUCGUUAGCUAGAAAAAGAAGAAACCUCCAAUUGAAAUUUUGGUUACAAAAAGAAAAAGAACAUAGCAAAAGAAACUCAAAGUAUCAAAAAUCUAAUAAACGAGGAAUAUCUUUCGACGACAGCGUGGUAUUAUUAGAAGCGGCAGCUAGAAAUGAUAUAGACGAAGUGCGUAGGUUAUUAAUGAAAGGCGUGAGUCCGGACUCUAGUAACGAAGAUGGUUUAACAGCUCUACAUCAAUGUUGUAUAGACGAUAACGAAUCCAUGUUAGUAUUAUUAUUAGAAUACGGGGCUAACGUUAACGCGGAAGAUAGCGAAAAAUGGACACCUCUACACGCGGCGGCAACUUGCGGCCAUCUUAAAUUAGUCAGGAUUCUAGUAUCUAGGGGUGCUAAUUUAUUAGCCGUGAACGCUGACGGUAACAUGCCGUACGAUAUUUGCGAAGACGAAGCAGCUUUGGAUUAUAUAGAAAGCGAAAUGGCUCGACGUGGGGUCACGCAACAAUUGAUAGACGAAACCAGGGCCGCCACCGAGGCGCAGAUGCUAAGAGAUUUGAAAAAGAUUGCCGCGAAUGGUGGUAAUUUGGAAUAUUACGAUGCGCAAGGUGCAACGCCCUUACAUAUAGCGGCUGCUAACGGAUACAUUUCGGUGGUAGAAUUCCUUCUAGAUUUAGGCGUCAGGACUGACGUCAAGGAUAAAGAUGAAUGGCAACCUAGUCACGCGGCAGCUUGUUGGGGACACCCCGAAGUAUUAGAGCUACUAGCGCAAGCUGGAGCUAAUUUGAAUGCCAAAAACAAACACGACGAAACACCAUCAGAUAUUUGCGAGGAUCCCGAUAUAAAGGAGAGGAUUUUGGAAUUGAGGAACGAACAGGAAAUUAAGAAGCAAGCGGAAGCGAAACGGAAAGUGCGCAGAUCUCAGAGUAAUACGAGAACUCAAUCCGUGAGGCGGACAUCUUUACGAGAUAAAGGUCUGACGGCUAGAAGGGACGCCGUAGAAGAAGCUAGAUUGAGAUUGGAAGCCGAAAGUAAUAGUUUAGACAACGAAAUUACGAAUUACCCUUCGGCUACGGCUCCAAAUACAACUCAAACCCCUCCGAAAUCCAUAUUGAACAACAACCAUUUAUCCGAACUCAACAUAAACAACCUAAAAGACGAAAACAAUCAUUUAUCGCCGACCAACCCGAACGCCAUUCAAUUAAUCGAAGACCGGAGAGCCCCCGAGGGCAAAGACAACGAUUCCUCAUCCGAAGUAGACUCGGCUAAGGAAAAAAGUUACACGACAGACGUCAACGGAAAAGUAACCGUACACGUUGUGGUUACGAUUAACGGUAACGGCACUUUGGCCGAUCUAAAAAAACAGAGGACGCAGAUUAGGAACAGUAGUAACGACGUGAGUAGUUUGACGUCGCCGAUGGGGAGCGUUUACGAAAACGACGUUAACCCCGAUCCGGAAACCGAUAUUUUGAGGUUAACCGGAAAUACUAUGGAGGAGAAUAUGGAGUACGCCAAACCGAAAAGGUGUUGUAUUAUCAUGUAAGUUGAAAAAAAAAAACUGCCGAUUAUGUAUUCGUUUGUAUUAUGUCAUCGAGAAGUUAGUAGAGCGAUAUGAGAGGAAAAAUCGAUUAAUAAAUAAUCGAUUUUGUUACUUAUAUUGUUCGUUUUUUACUAAUUUAUCAAGAAGUGUCCCUCGUUCCCCUACAAGUUUUUCAUAAAUUGGGCAAUAUGAGCAAACAAUAAGCGAAAAAUUUUCCGGGCGUCUCGUUACAAUUUUUCGGUUGUCAAAAUGACAACAAUGACCUAACCUAACCUAAUAGCUGUCAAAUAAUUAAUUUUGACGUUACUAUGUCUAUUAAUUCAUUAAAAUAUAAUUGAAAAGUUAUCAAAAUCAUUGUAAUUUUUUCACAAUCGAAAAUUUAAGCGAAAUAAAAACGAUCGUAGCAACUUUUCCCCUCAUUUGCGUCUAAUUUUUACUUUUAACGAAAAAUCGAUUUAUACAUAAUCGAUUUUUAUUGAGGAAAUAAUCGAUUUGUUACUUAUAUUAAUCGUUUUUACCAAUUUAUCAAUUGCCCCUCGUUCCCCUACAAGUUUUUGAUAAAUUGGGCAAUAUGAGCAAACAAUAAGCGAAAAAUUUUCCGCUGUAGGGGAAAAGGGGGCGCGUUGCUACAAUUUUUCGAUUAUUAUCAAAAUGACAAUAGCUGUCAAAUAAUUUAUACAUUUGAUUACUUUUGACGUUACCAUGUCUAUUAAAAUUCAUUAAAAUAUAAUUGAAAAGUUAUCAAAAUUAUUGUAAUUUUUUCACAAUCGAAUAUUUAAGCAAAAUAAAAACCAUCGAAACAGCUUUCUCCUUGAUUUGCGUCUAGGUAUUACUAGUGACGAAAAAUCGAUUAAUAAAUAAUCGAUUUUGUUACUUAUAUUAAUCGCUUUUUUACUAAGUUAUCAAUUGCCCCUCGUUCCCCCACAAGUUUUUUAAAAAUUGGCUGUUCUGUUAAUUUUAGAAAAAAAUUGCACGAAAUUGGCGGCUGUUUUUGUAGCGUAAAAAAACUUCACAAAAAUAUGAAUAAUUAAGUGCUAAUUAAAUGCUGCGGAAAAUUUUUCACAGACGUCAUGAAAAAAAAUGACUUUUCCAAGUUUUCUCAGCAGAACACUCGUGUGGCUUUGCUAGGUCCUAAUCAGCAUUACUCGUCAUUUUGUGAAGCUUAUACUUUACGAAAACAACCCCCAAUUUCAUACAUAAUUUUUUUUUGUAGCAAAAACUUUUCUCUAUAAUUGAGCAGCUUUUUCGUAAAACUUUCCUUAACCCAUUAACUGCCAACUUUUAUUUUUUUAAUAUAUAAUUUUUUCCUCAACAUUGUCAUGCAAAUAUAAAGAAUCAAUAAAUAUAAUAUGGUUUUAUUAUCGGUUUAUUAAAUAAAUACCAAUUUUUCAAAAAAGUCCCAUUUGGGGACCAUGGUUGGAAUACAGGGUUGGAAUAAUAAGAGUAUUGAUGGAAAUGAAUUUAUUACAAAAAAGCUGAUACAAAGGUUUAAAAUGUUAUAAAAUCAAAGAAUAAAAAAGUAAUACUAUUGAAAUAUAAAUAAUCAAUUAUGCCAUUUUUGCACACAAUCCACAUGUAUUCCAACAUUACACUUUUGGCACUGUUUUCUUGCGUUUUUCUUUCAUACAUGUCUUUAAAAUUUGUUAUAAGAGGCAAAUACCAUAUCUUACCUCGAAUUUUUAUUCUAUAUUUUAUAUUUUAUCAGCCAAUCUAGUUUAUCCACACCGCCCAUGUACAUACACAGCCACCGUCUUUUUGUCAGUUCUGGAAUAGCGAGAUACAAUAUGGAUUGGGUCAAGUUCUUGAUGAUUUGAUAAUACUUUGACUAUAUUAUUUUCUUUUCAAGUUACUGCAAAUAUAUCAUUGUUUUUAUCAAAUCUAUAAUCAAAUGUGCCUCGAAUUUCUUUUUUCAUUUCCUCAUCCGUUUCGAAUGGGCACUUGUUGGUUCUGUUGUAACGAACCGUUCCUGUAGCUCUUAUUUCCAUUUCGCCUAAAGUUUUCAUUAAUGCAUGACCGGUGAAAAAAUUAUCAAAAUAAAAAACAUGAUCAAUGGAGUUCAAGGGAAGGAAGAAACGUCUGUUAUUCUACUAUAAAUAUUUAUUUGAAUUGGAAGAUAAAGGUAUAUAGAAACUUAAGUGAAAAAAUCAAAUUCCCAACAAAAUAAAAAAUAAUUUUUUUUAACUUGCUUUGGACUUGAAGACUUCAAAAUUAAAUUUCAAAUAUUUAAAGUAAAAAAGUAGAAUCAACAGGUGCACUUAUUCUUUACAAAUUGUAUGUGUUAAUAUGAGGGUUACUGUAACCGAAUAAAUAAUGCUGCCAACUGUUAAUCACUAAAAUACCCGCGAUCCCCAAAUGGGGCCCACGGCAGGGAAUGGGUUAAUAUAGCACUUAAUUUGCAGCUUAUAUUUUUUCUGUCUGCUCAUAUUGCUCUGCUAACUUUAGUGACAUGUUGUAUUAUCGAAUUGAGUCACAUAUCAAUGUUUUUUAUCAUUAACUGUUAUAAAAUCACCGUGAUUCCUAUAAAUGUUAUAGCAAUAAUAAAAUUGUUAAUUUUCCAUAAUGUGAUUGUUGAUAAAAUCCAUUAAAACAAAUUUAAAGAUCCAUGGAAAACAGUUCAUCGGUAUAAGGUAUUAUUUCAACAUUUCCCAUAAAACCGUCUAUAAUUAAUAUCAAAUAUCGAGUGGAUUGUUUUUUGUGUACCACUCUGUACAUAAACCAAAUGAAAAAUAUAUUUGAACUAGUUUCUAUUAUAUUUUCUGUAUCAGUAUUACUUACAUCAUUCCAUAAUAAAUAUUUUAUUUGAAAAAUAAACUUGAAGAAAAAACUAUUUGGUACAUACAGGGUCUUUCAUUAAGAUCUACUUAUCAUUAAAAUUGAAUAAAAUGCUUAUCGAUAUUAAAUAUUAUAUCAUUGAAAUAUUUUUUUUCACCCUGUAGGUUAAAUUUAUUCAAACACAUGCCUUUAGAAAAUCUUGCAAGUUUAAUGGAAUCGAAUUGUAUUAAUGUCCAGUUCUACUUGAGACGAUCAUAACCUCAAAUUACUUAUUCAAAAUGUUCAAUAUGGCACUUAAUGUUGAAAACACUUAUUCAUGUCAUCUAAUUAAGGUAAAAAAAAUUCCCUGUUGACGGUAAUGAUCUUGUUCUCAAAAAAAUUUGAAUAAAUAACUCUUCCAGCUCAAAAACCAUACCAAACAAUAACUUUGUGAACACUUUUCAUUGUUAAAAAAGUUUUGAAUUAUUUGAAAAACACUAUUUGGUACUAUGUCAAUGUCCAAAUUCACUUGAGACGAUCAUAACCUUAAAUCGUUAGUUCAAAGUAUUAAACAAGGUUAAAGAUCGUAACCUCAAAUCGCUCGUUCAAUAUGGCUCAAAAGAGUUUCCCCAUUAACAUUAACGAACUGGUAAACAAAAAUCAUAACCUCAAAUCAUUACUUCAAAAUGUUUAAUAUGAUUCAACAGAGCUCCUCAUUGACAUUGAAGAUUUGGUAAACAAAGAUCAUAACCUCAAAUCGUUCCUUCAAAAUGUUUAAUGAUUCUACAGAGCUCCCCAUUGACAUUAAUAAACAAAGAUCAUAAUCUCAAAUCAUUCGUUUAAAAUGUUCAAUGUGGUUCAAAAGAGCUCCCAAUUGAAAUUAAUGAACCGGUUAACGAAUUAUGGACCGAUAAGACUGCAAGGUCAAAAUCUACAUCUAAUAAGGCUUUUAGUAUGUAUUAAGUUAUUAAAAAAGAUUUAUCCAUGCUUUUGGAUCCCUUUGUAAUAAUCAAUUGAAGAGUUGGAUGCUAACCAAAGCUGUGAGUUUUACGUUGUUUUAAAAAAUAAAGCAAAUUUUGUGAUAUUUAAUGAAAUAUAAUAGAAACUUUUUUUCUUAUAUAUUUUUUAUCAUAUCUAGAAGCAAUACAACUUUUUCAAUAGAUAAAUUCAAGUGAGAUUACUAAGAAAAGUAUUUAGAAAAAAUCAGUAUUUUUUUUAUAAUUAUCAAAGAAUUUUUAACAAAAAUUCUUUUUUGUUUAAUAAUUUCAUAUUAUGAAACAAACCCGAAAAAAAAUCUUGAGCAUAGCAAAAGUAUUUCUUAUUUUUCUUUUUUAAAAAAAUUAAAAUAUACAUAAAACAUGAUGAAUCAAACGCUUUCGACUGCAUCAAGAAUCCCUCAUGAAGACUGUACUACAUGAUCAAGUAAAUACAAAAACUGAACAUUAAUAAAUUUGUAUUUGUAUAUAGAAGCUGUUAAUUAAUUGGGAUUAAGUGUUUGGCAACUAGAUUACGAUCGUUUUUGUAGUGGGAUUGUGGCAAAAUCAAACAGCAAAAUUUACUAACUCUAAUAUAUUUCCGAACUUUCGAAUACUUAUGUAUUCAUAGUCUGGGACUGAAAUUAUGGUCAACUACCGUAUAUAUUAUACGUUUAUACAUAUUUUUAUAUUAUAUUUGACUAUAAUUUCAAUCCCAGAGGAUGAAUUCAUAAGUAUUCGAAAGCUCGGAAAUAUAUUAGAGUUUAUACACUUUGGUUUUUAAUCCCACUAAGAAAACAAUCUUAGAAGUUAUUAAUAUAGGAUUCUUGAAGGUUUUGAGUAUUCAGGCGCGGUUUCAAGAUGGGGUUAUUACUCCCUUAAACUGUCUUACAAAUUUUAGGGACCAUCAAAGCUUUGGUACAGUUUGAGCAAAGUGCCUAAUCAGUCGCCUAUAUAAAGUUUUGAUCACAGUUUUUUUUUUCUUACUUUUUUUAUUUUAAUUCGUUAGCCCUACCCUAAAGAAGCUGAAACCGCCCCUAUAAGUAUUUAACAGUAUUGUGAACUUAUUAAUUCCUUUUUACGAGGUUGUGAAUUUGAAAUCUAUUAUGAAAUCUUCUCAAGUUGCAGUUCCUCUUCGAAAUUCCUCUUCGAAAUUUUCGAUUUUUUUACUUACUUGAGUAGAAUUAUAAGGGACAAUAUAAUUUAUUGUGAUAUUUUUUCAUCUCUACGUGAACAAACUAUUCUAUAUAUUUAAUUUACUGAAAAAUAUUACUAGGAUUUUAAAACAUUUUUACGAUUACGAUUUCUGUGGUGUCAAUAUGAUCGUGGAUUCAUAUAGAGUCGAUCCAGUCCGUCCCUGGGAGUAUGGAAAAAUAAUAAUAAGAUAUCGAAGGUCACAUCUCGAAAAAUUAGUUACUUCGUGUUAAUUCUCGUCUUGACUUUAGGUCUCUAUUCUAUGGAAAUCAUUUUGAUAAAGACCAUAAUUUAAGGACAACAGAAAUCGUAAUCUGCCCAAAUGUUUAUUAUAAAAAUCAAAAUUAUAGCAUAAAAACCAUAUUGACAUUAUUACAUCGCUGUACUUACUGUCUUUCUAACACCAAUUAGCACACUAUUUAUUUAUUAAACACUCUGUAUAUUAAAAUUUAUAGUGAAAUUUUAAAAAAAAUUUACUUACUUGCCCGUAAAAUUGCCUCUUCUAUUAUUUGUUGCCUUUUAUGAAUAGUUGUAGCUAGUGAAUUUGAUAUUUAAAAACAUGAUGAAAUUUAACACAAAAACAAACACUUCAAAAGGACAAACAAUUUAAACGAGAACGAACUAUUAAUUUCUUUUUGUAUUAACUUUCAAUAUAUACACAAAUUUCCACUAAACAGGGUAACGUUUAAAUACAAAACACACUUCGAAACGACAAAAAAUUUGAACGAGAACUAACUAUUAUUUUCUCUUUGUAUUUAUAUACACAAAUUUCCACUAAACACUGUGAAAUUAAACACAAAAAACGACAAAUAACCUAAACGAGGAUUAACUUUUAUUUCUCUUCGUAUUAACUUUUAUUUAUGUACACAAUUUUUGAUUGAAUACGGUAAAAUUGUUUUAUUCAACUGUUUCAAUUCAAAAUGUCUACCAUGUACCAUGCGCGACACUUUUCUUUUUCUAUCGUCUACUGUCCUCACCUAAUUCCGCAAAUGGUAUGACCCAGUCUGUAUUUCACACUUUUUUAACUGUCUGAACUUGGAUGCAGUGUCAACAAAAACGUUGCGGUGUUGCCAUGUGUUACACAAAUUUUACUUAAUUCGGAAUUAUUUUUUUUUUAAAUUUUAUGAUUGGAAGCAAACUAAUUGUGAAUUUCUGAAGAUUAUAUCACGUUUUUAAAUAUUCAAUCACAAAAUUUAUUAGAUAUUUGUUAUUGUAAAUAUUUUUUUAUAUUAUAUUGGUUGUAGGUGAUGAUUUGUACAGUAUUACGUUCAUUUUUUUCAUGUUUUUUCUUUGCGGAUUAUGUACCUAAAGAUGAAGAUUUUUAGAAAAUAAAUAUUUUUACCUAA